AGCCUUUAACCCGGAAGUGAUGCUGGCUUGUAUAUUAUUGGAGCAAAACAAAGAAAAGAUGCUGAGUGCCUUUGAUAUUUUCUCGCGAUUUUAAGUAGUAGAAAGAUAAACGUGUGUGAAUAUGUAUUUAGGUCGAGCAAAGAAAGCUAUUGAUCAGUUGGAUCAAAAGGAAUUUCAAGAAAAGGAAGCUAAACAUGCGGAACGCGAGUCGUCGAAAAGUGAGAGCAUAGAAAUGACAGAGGAAUUCGCUCCGGAAGAGUUACCGGAUGGUGCAUGUUUUCGUCUAAAGAGUGUAAAUGUGGGAACCGAUGACGGGGCCACGGCAGCAAGACAGGCUGAGUAUAUUGGAUCAUUUUCUGUGAGUGGUGAGGACCAGACAACAAGAACAGAAUUUGUACAGAGGCAGCUAGAAAGCAUGCAUACUGUAGAGAAAAGCAAGAAGGUAUUACUGGUACUGUCUCUAACAGGAGUUAAAGUUUGCAGCAGUAAUGGCGAGUCGGUAUAUAUGGCUCACGCCCUCAAGAGAAUUUCCUACGCAGCAUGUGAUCCGGAACAUCGUCAGUUUGCCUUCCUUGCGAGAGAACCGAAAGGUCAUAUAAACAUACAGUUCUGCCACGCUUUCAUCACUAAAACUCCGGAAGAGGCUGAGGAAUUAAACACUAUAAUCGGGAAUGCCUUUAAGAUGGCUUAUGCUCAACAAAAGACGAGACAACCUACAUUUAACGAGCUGAUUGAAAAACAGCUUGUCGAGCAAAAGGCCAAAUUUGCCGAAUAUCAGGAACAGGCGAACCGUGCGUUACAGCAGAGACUGAAUGAGAUAGCCACGCCCACUGCGUUACAGAGAAUGGAAAUGCGGAGACAGUCAAGUUCUGAUGAUUUGUUAGAAUCUAAUUGUAGUACCCCAACCGCCUCGGAGAAAGACGCAAAAAAUAAAAUAUGGUACUCACUCGGUAGAUAUCCACGAAAGGCGAAACAGGCACUAGAGAAGGCCACACACCGUUCUCAAGCUUCAGACAGUCCGGUGCGAAGUAAUUCACCCACAUUUUCCUCAUCCCGUCCAUCAAAUCAACAACAACAACAGGGUUCUCGUAAAUCAGAUCCGAAUUUUUCGGCUACAAAACGAAACUCUACACCAGUUCAGCUUUCACCAUCAAAAUCGUCGAACUUUAACGCAAAUUCGCCAAAGAGAAAUUCCUCCCCGCAUUUAGCGAACCUACAAAACUUCCAGGUAGUGACUAUACGAGAGUCUUUAGAAAAUAAUGUGAAUAACUCUAACCGAUUUAAAGGUUCGCCGGUGACGGCACUAAAGGACGAGAUAGACCGGAGGUAUCUUAGCAACGGUGGCGGAGGAACGUUAGAUUCGGGUCUAGGUUGGGGGAUCGGAGAUGAUAUGGAUAGUAUACAAAGACUUAAGAUGAACCAUCAUUAUGAUAAUGAAGAUCAGUUACAAGCACCACCAACCCCUCCUUCGAAGAUGCAGAACCGUCCGUUACCCGCCAUACCGGCAUCUUCUGAUUUCAAUGAUCACAGAGCCAGUCCAAAACUACGAAACUGGACCAGUCUAGAUGAUGACGUCAUACCAAACCAUACACGAUCCACGAUGCAGUCACGAUUACGGGACAGCCCUAAACGUCGGCCUCAAAGGCCGCAGAGCGAGGUUAUCCUCGAUUCAAAGUUAUCUGUUUUCUCAGGAGGGGGAGUGGAUCAGCCCGGUGUAUAUAUAUAUGGCUUUAAAUCACAGACUCAAAAUGAGUUAUCCAAAAACUGCAAUGUGCUAAACUCUAAUCAGUUAUCUAAUGUAAAUAUUUCGCCACAAUUCAACAACAGGUCUAUGCAAAAUCCGCAGAGCAGGGAAACUAAUACUACACAGCAGAAGUAUUCACCCAAGGUGAACAACUCUAAUCAUCAAUAUUCCCCCAAGGGGAGUAACUUCACACAGACUGGUUAUGAUAAUAUGAAUAGUUUACAGAACGGAAAAUCAUCACCACCAAUGCAUUACCAGAAUGGAAGUCCUUCCCAUAAUGCAGUAGUGGAUCAUGGGGAAGAAUCCUCCAGUACGAAAAAAGAAAAGGGUGGCGGGCUAGAGUCACUGAUGGGAUUGGACCGGAGUCAUAUAGAGGACGAGACAUUGAGACACUCGUGCUGGUAUCAAGCUGGAAUACCCAGGGAUGUGGCUUUAGAAAUCUUACAACAGGAAGAUAUUGGGUCUUUCAUCGUGCGGGAUAGUUCUACACAUCCAGGUUGCUACGCGCUGUCUGUACGUGUGCCAAAAUUUGAAAAUCCAACCGGAAUCUCACAUUAUCUAAUACUUAAAACAGCAAGAGGUGUAAAAUUAAAGGGCUUGGAUAAGGAAUGGUCUAGUCUGUUUUCUCUAGUCACUCACCAUACAGUAAUGCCAGAAAUGCUGCCGUGUACAUUACGCCUGCCGCGUGACACCAACAACCCGUCAUUUAAACCUUCUGACAAAGAUGAGAAGGAAGAAGAUCCGGAUUACCAGAGGCUUGCAGAUUUCUCAUCCAUGAUGGAAGCUUUAAAGCAGUGAAAAAACAAUCAUAAUCGUGCAGAGGCUUGCAUCUUUGGGCUUUAAAACUGAAAUUCUAAUCUAAGUCAUUGAGAGCUUUAAGACAGUGAAAUACCGAUUAUAUUCACUACAACCUUUGACAGUGUAAAAGGUAAUUUCAGUAACUCGUGAAUUAUUGAAGAUACAGAUUUACGAGUGAGAUGAUAAAUUUCUGGCGCAAAAAAGUAUCUCAUUAAGCACUUAGGACUUGAAAGUUACAGCUUUCUGGCAGUGAGACAAUAAUAUGAUAUAUCACUGAAUUCCAUUAGAUAGGAGCAGAAAAAUAUUUAAGGUGACAUCUAGAUUUGUCAUUGUGAUAUACAAAAACAAGCCUGGAACCGGUAUAUUAAUACUUCAAGCGUUUGAAAUUUUAGCACCGUAAGACGGGAAACCAAUUUCUCUGAAUUGUUUUGAGAAACACUGGAGAGAUAAUGUAUCGCAUCACAAGUCAAGAGAGUUUGACAUAUAUCUGAUAGUAUAACAUGCUGAUACAAAAACUGUGAUUGAUGUCGAGAUUUCUUCAAAUUUUGCGAUAACAAAAGUUAAGAGUUUUUUUAAAACCCAUUUUCUACAAAUUUUGCGUAAAAUAAUAAGAUUGUACCCUCUAAGGAUUGGAGACAGUGUUGUAUUAAAUAAAUAAGCAAGAAAAUAUUUAAGGUUAACAUAUUUUGGUUUAAUGGUGAUAUCAUUUUGUCAAACGCCCCGAAGGAUUUUUUUAACAAAUUAUUUCUUUCGAGAUAUUAGGCAGAUGCAUUUAUAAAAUCUCAGCACAGACUCUCUGAAAUGAAGAUUCAUUUUGAUGGGAAAGUGUGAAUCUCGUUUCUAAUUAAUGAUCAUAUAGAAACGAGUACCUCCGGGGCUGAUUCUCUGUCUUGCUGAUGUCAGCAUUUUGUCAGCAUGUUAUUAAGAUCAUUGUAAUAGGUGUUUUCUCUGGAGGAUAUACUUGUAUAAAUAGCUGUUAAUAACAUAGCUCAAGAAAUUAAUAUAAAGCAUUCGAAAUUGACGUUUUUUGUAAGUUUUUGUGAUAGCUGGUAUACUUAAAGGAUCAUGCUUUCAGAAUUGUGGUAAUUUAUAUGACAAUUUCAAAAAAGUAUUGUCAAUUAAUGGAAAUAAAAAAUAUUGUAGUAAGCCAUCAUUUAAUUAAAACAUGUGAAAUGUUACAUAGAUUAUUAACAUUUGAAUUUUUUUAAACUCAAAAUACAUUUUUCCAAAAGUUUGAUGUUUCAAACUGUGUUUUUUUUUUACUGGAAGUCUGGAAGUGUGCAACUUUAGGUACUGAUUUUUCCAGUUUAAUUUAAAGGGAGGUAAUAAAUGUUAAUUUUUUGAAGAAGGUUUUUCACUAAUGGAAGCUGGAAAAAAAAUGAUGUUGUAAACUGUUGUACAGUGUUAUCAUUGAAAAUCAUAUCAUUUGAUGUCAAAUUAGCUUAAAGCUGAAUGGUACCAUGCCAUGCACACAUCAUUGUCAUUUUUGUAUUUCCUGUCACAUGGCAUCCUGUACCUAGAUAUUUGAUUUUGUUCGUAGCAUUUAGAGAACAUCAUUUUGUAGAUGCAAUUUUCUGUAUAAUUUGUCUUUCAUGCGCACAAUACUAUACCAGGACUGGUGUUUACCUGGCAAACGGAACUGCCUUAAAGAAAUACAACUUUGUUAAAGGGGAAUAAUCUAAGAAGCCUUCUGAAUUGAAACUAUAGUUUGUUUCAAAAAAAAAGUACAAGUGCUCUUUGAAUUCUAUAGUUUUCUUCAAAUAAGUGGAUUUUGACAUUCUUAAAGAAUGAUGUGCAAUGGGGAAAUUCUUAAGGAUUUUCAAGAAAUUGUCAACAGUUGACAAAAAGAGAUUGUGAUAAAGACGCCAUUUUCUUAAACAAGAAAGGCUGGUGAUUGAAGUAUCAGGGACACAUUUAUAAAACAUGUGAUGAUGAAUAUAUUGUCUGUUUCAAAGUUACAGAGCAAGUAUAGUUUGGUUCAAAGAUAUGUGAUAUAGAAAAAAAAGUAAAACCAUAUAUAUGAAAGAAAACAUUGUGAGGUUGACUGCCUAUUUUACAGGUACCGUAAUUAUGAUUUUGAGAAACCAACUACAAAUUGGUUUAUUGUAUUUAACAAAUGUGCUAUUUGAACAGUGUCAAGGGUUUUCAAAUUUGGAAUUGGAAACCAGUUAAAACCAGUCUCCAGCACUUGAUCUGGAAUUCUGGAUGUUUUAACUGUUUCCAAUUACUGUUUUUAAAACCAUGGCAAAGUAAAUUGUUUAUGUUUUGAUAUUUUGUACUGGUAUUUAUUCUCUUUCAUGUUGUGAAGAAUUGUCCUUCAUGUUGUGAAGGAUUGUCCUUCAUGUUGUGAAAGAUUGUCCUUCAUUUUGUGAAAGAUUGUCCUUCAUGUUGUGAAAGAUUGUCCUUCAUGUUAUGAAGUAUUGUCCUUCAUGUUGUGAAAGAUUGUCCUUCAUGUUGUGAAAGAUUGUCUUCCAUGAUGUUAAGGAUUGUCCUUCAUGUUGUCAAGGAAAGCAAUUAAUAUAAUGUUAAGAUAGUCUGUGAAUAUUGGAAAAAAAUGCAGUUAAAGGGAGAAAACUCUAAUUUGAAAUAAAUGUUGUCUUGAAGAGUUACACUUCUUAAGAUGGAAUAUGACUCAGUGAAGAUAAAAUGAGAUCAUAAAAGGGGUGUUUAAAAUUGUGUAUUUGAUGAAUUUUGAUGUGUAGAAAUAAAUUAAAGUUAAGUAUUGUUUUACUAAAUGGUUAAGGAAUGAGUUAUAGAUGCUGUAGAGUUAUCUCUCUUGAAUUGUAGUGGAGUCGUGUAGAAUUACACUUUAAUUAUCUAGUCAUUUGUUCACUUGUUGAAAUAACAAAUGUUGCAAUUUCAUGUUUCAUGUUAUUUAUUUUUUUCCAGAAAACUAAUAAUUAUUUUGCAAAGUUUUACAAGGGAGGGUAGGGGAGAUAAUUAAUGAGUUUCUUUUUCAAUAGCUGAAAAGGGAGGUAAUAAAUGACAAGAAAUAGUUAAAAAAGGUAGGGAAUAGUUAAAAGAUAUAGUUGAAGUUGGAAGUAAUUGAAUAUAAGAUUUUGUUAAGAAGGGAGGUAAUUAUUUAAAGAAAUAUGAUUAUGUUAAUUAUUUGAAAAUUAAAAUAAAACAAAAGUUUAUCUAUUCAUAUAUUGAAAUUGAAAGUUGUUACACUUGGGUGAGGGGGGGGGGGGGGGGUUAAGGUAGUGGUUAAGGGUGGGGCUGGGGACUGUUACAGGGUUGUGUUGUUUUUUGUAUGAAGUUCAAUACUUUUGAACACAUUUAAGCAUAAUCAGCAAAUUUAAGCAAAAUAGUGAUUUUUUACCAAAAAUGAACAUAUUUUAACCAUGUCUGUGACACAAAGAGUUUCUGAAUUCCAUAUAUUGUUAUCAAUGUUGUAUGCUAUGUACAUGUAUUUUUCAUGGUUUAUAAAUGCUGAAUAUUUCUUAGGCCUAUCCCUAUGUAGAGAUAAUCACUUGUAAAUUUUGGCUGUUAAUUCAUUCUACAUUACAAUAUGUAUUGAUUGUUUAUAGCUCAUCUGUCUACAAGAAAUACAUUAUGAUCGCUGCAGUGUUGUCGUCGUGCAAAAUUUUUAUUGUAGCCCAUUAUUCAAACAUUCUAAAAGAUCAUCGUGAAACUUGGAAUACUUGCUUAUCAUUACAAGGUGCAGUUGUUAGACAAGGGGCAUAAUUCUGAAAGCAAUAGUUUUUGAGUUAUGCCCCUUUUUAACUAAAAAUUUUUAAUAGACGAGCAUUAACACCCACUAUGGUAUUCUUGUCUUAUUCAAUAAAAGUGCCAAUUAUUUUUUGCAGGUAUACAUAACGUAUUGUGUCAAUUCACUAGUAAAAUUUGCAUAAGAUUUACUAAAUAUCCCAGGUUUUAUUUAAUCGUUUAUCACACAGCGUAAAUAAUAAUAAUAAUAAAUUAAAAACAUAUUUGUUUGAAAUAUAAAGUUCUUUAUCAAGAUAUCUGAUAUGAACUGACUUUUUAGCUCGACUUUUCUAUGAAAAGGGGAGCUAUCCUACUCGCCCCGGCGUCGGCGUCGGCGUUGGCGUCACACCUUGGUUAAGUUUUUCGUACCACCCCACUUUAUUUCAGAAGUAUUACAAGUAUGGCUUUGAAACUUACCAUACUUGUUCACCAUCAUAACCUCCAUCUACAGACAAGAGUACAUAACUCUGUCAAGGUUUUUGACAGAAUUAUGGCCCUUUUUUGACUUAGAAAGUGUAUUGAGCUUGGUUAAGUUUUUUGUACCACCUCACUUUAUUUCAAAACCAUUGGAGGUAUUGCUUUGAAACUGACCAUACUUGUUUACCAUCACGACCUUCAUCAACAGACAAGAGGACAUAACUCUGUCAAGGUUUUUGACAGAAUUAUGCCCCUUUUUGACUUAGAAAAUACAUUGAAUAUGGGUAAAAUCCACUUAUUGCCUUAACCCUUUGAGAUAUUGCUUUGAAACUUUUAAUGCUAUUUCACAUCAUUACCCCCAUCUGUACGCAAGAGAAGGUAACUCUGUCAAGGAUUUGUUUUAAAAAUUAAGGCCUUUUAUCGACUUAGAAUCUUGGUUAAGUUUUUAGUACCAGUCCACUUUUUGACUGAACUGUUUGAGAUAUUAAUUUGAAAGUUGGAAUACUUGUUUACAAUCAUGAUUCCCAAACAUGUCCAGGAGAAGGUAAUUCUGUCAAAGAUUUUAUUUGAAUUAUGGCCCUUAACUGUCAAUGUUUUGUAUUAUAGGCAAGCACUAAAAAACUUAAAAAAUCUAAAAAAAUUCAUUCCUAUCCACUUGUUCACUUUACCAUAAAUUAUGUCAUAUAAACAUUGCUGUAAUAUUCAAGGGUAUCAAACAACUAGUUCACUUUAAAAAUACAGAGAUUCUUGUAUUGCCUUUUACUGCAAAAACUUUUUUUAUUGGCAAGCAAUAAAAAAGUCGAGCGCGCUGUCUUACGGACAGCUCUUGUUAAUGUUCCUUGUCAUUAAAAUUUUGCUGAAAGAAAAAAUUAACAUGAAGUAAUUACUUAAAUGGCAAAUAAAAAUAAAACAUACUUCAUCUAUGUUAAAUCAACAUAAUAACAAACUUUUUCAAUGUUAAUUCAACAUAUUACUAACUUUUAUGUUAAAUCAUCAUAAAGUAUUUUAUUUUAUGUUAAAUCAACAUAAUUACAAACUUCUUCAAUGUUAAUGCCACAUAUUACUAACUUAUAUGUGAAAUCAACAUAAUUUUCUUUUAUUUUAAUUUAAAAAAGUAAUGAUAAACUUCUCCAAUGUUAAUUCAACAUAUUACUAACUUUUUCUAUGUUAAAUCAACAUAUAUUAUGUCAAUGUUGAUUCAAUAUGAUAUAAAAUAAGGCCUAAGAAAUGAUGUUAACAAAACUUACACAUGAAAGACUGUUGUUGAUGCAUGUAAAUCCAUUAUAAUAUAAUGUUUUAUAAGUUAUGUUUUUUUUUAAAUAUAUUUCUUAGUUCAUAGAACUAUACAUGUUACAUUUUUGAACCCUGUGUUCUUGCCUUUUGUUAGUGAACAACAAUACUGUGUUAUAAUACAUGUUUGCAAUUACUUUAAAAUUCCUUUGUUAAGUAUAGGAAGAAAAAAAGUAUUGUAAAUGCAGAUUUUUUUCUACGUUUUAACACAUUUAAAAUAUUUUGUAAUCAUAAUUUUAAAGAACAUUGUUUAGUUUUUAGAAAGGUCAUCAUCCUUCUGAUUAAGUUUAUUUUUAGAUUUUGUUAUUUUAUCAUUUUUAUUUAUUUAAAAAAAAAUAAACUUAGUAUAUUUUUUUCAUCAAUUUCUAUCUGACAGAGCAGAUUUUAGUUUUGAUACAAUGGUUUUAGGGGGAAUCUUGUGCUUUAGAAUUUACUUUUAGGAACUUUGUGGUGAAAAGUGAUUUUCAUAUAUUUUCAUUGGAAUAUUUUAAUAUAUGCAACAAUUUAAAUCUAACAUUUUGUUGACAGCUGUAAGAAACAGCUAUUGAAGUUGUUUGUUUAGUUAUUAUACAGUUACUCUUUUCUUAUUCAAGCAAAAUGAUUAUUUUGUGAAGUGAGAACUAACUGUUCUUACACCCAUAACAAAUUUUUAAGCAACUAUGAAACUUAUAAGCGAUUAGUACAGAACUAUGACAGCCUGUGCAGUUAGUAAAUCAAGGGUUUACUUCAAGACUGUUGUAAGUCCUUCUUUAUUUUAAUUAAGUUACUCCAGUUUUGCGAUAAUUCUUUAAAUUCUGUAAUAUGAUGGUCUGACCUAUCUUUAUACUUUCUAUAACAUUUUGAUAAUUAUUUAAAUCCCAUUAUCUCACAAUGGAUAUUGCUUUUAAGUUGGUAACUCAAACUCAACUGUUACAUAAAUGUGAAUUUAUUAACACAGAUUUACACAUUUGAGCCGCAUCACGACAAAACCACCAUAGUGUGUUUGCGACCAGCAUGGAUCCAGACCAGCCUGCGCAUCCGCGCAGUCUGAUCAGGAUCCAUGCUGUUCGCUAUCAGUUUCUAUCCUUGUAAUAGGGUUUGUAAGCGAACAGGAUGGAUCCUGAUCAGACUGCGCGGAUGCGCAGGCUGAUCUGGAUCCAUGCUGGUCACAAACCCAUUAUGUUGGUUUUGUCGUGACGCGGCUCAUUUAAAGAAUUUUUUUCUUCUUCAAAUUUUGUUAUAACAUGAACAUGUUAUUAUAUGUGUUUAUAACUUAUCAAGCAAUGUUGAUAAGGUGAGAUUCUAUAUAUGUUUUCUAUACGCCUUCAUAGACUUUGGUUGUUAUCAUUGUUAACAUUGUAGAUUUUAGUUGUUUGUAUGUUUCUUGCCCUUGAAAAUUCAGUAAAAUUCAUCAAAGCA